CAAGAUGGCGGCGGGUAGUGGUGGUAGUGGCAGCAGGCGUGCCUCAAAAAGCGGGGCCGACUCCGGCUUUCUGGGGCUGCGGCCCACUUCGGUGGACCCGGGGCUGAGGCGGCGGCGGCAAGGCCCAAGAAAUAAGAAGCGGGGCUGGCGGCGGCUCGCUCAGGAGCCGCUGGGGCUGGAGGUCGACCAAUACCUGGAAGAUGUACGGCUGCAGGAGCGCACGAGCGGUGGCUUGGUGUCAGAGGCUCCCGAUGAAAAACUCUUCUUCGUGGACACAGGCCCCAAGAAAAAAGAGCCAAGUAAGAAGGGGACCAAAGGCCAGAAGAGGUCACUUCUUCUCAAGAAACCCCUUCGAGUUGACCUCAUCCUCGAGAACACAUCCAAAGUCCCUGCCCCCAAAGACAUCCUUGCACACCAGGUCCCCAAUGCCAAGAAGCUCAAACGGAAGGAACAGCUAUGGGAGAAACUGGCUGAGCAGGGCGUGCUACCCCGGGAUGUGCGCAGGGCCCAGGCCCGGCUCCUCAACCCUCCGGUGGCCAAAGCCAAGCCUGGGCCGCAGGACACCGUCGAGCGACCCUUCUAUGACAUCUGGGCCAAAGACAAUCCUCUGGACCAACCGCUGGCUGGCCAGGACACUUUUUUCCUGGAGCAGACCAAGAAGAAAGCAGUGAAGCGGCCACCACAUCUCCACGCCAAGCCUUCCCAGGCGCCUGCUGUAGAGGUGACACCUGCCGGAGCCUCAUACAACCCUUCCUUUGAGGACCAUCAGACCCUGCUCCUGGUGGCCCAUGAAGUGGAGCUGCAGCGGCAGAAGGAGGCGGAAAAGCUGGAGCGGCAGCUGGCACUGCCCACUGCGGAGCAGGCCGCCACGCAGGAGUCUGCCUUCCAGGAGCUGUGCCAGGGGCUGCUGGAGGAGUCCGAUGGAGAGGAGGAGCCAGGCAGGGGCCAGGAUGAGGGGCCCGGGGCUGAAGGCACAGAGGCUUCACCUGUCCCCACCUGCCCGGCACCUGCCGAGAGGAAGACUGAGAAGAAGACUGAGCAGCAGCGGCGCCGGGAGAAGGCCGCCCGGACCCUGCGGAUGCAGCAGGCUGCGGUGCGGGCCGCCCGGCUCCGGCAGCAGGAGCUCUUCAGGCUGCGCGGGAUCAAGGCCCAGGUGGCGCGCUGGCUGGCAGAGGUGGCUCGGCGGCGGGAGCAGCGGCGGGCACGGCGCCUGCUGGAGGAUGACAAGCCCCGCCGACUGGGGCGACUCAAGUACCAGGCCCCCGACAUCGACGUGCAGCUCAGUUCAGAGCUGUCUGGCUCACUCAGGACCCUUAAGCCAGAAGGCAACAUCCUCCGAGACCGGUUCAAGAGCUUCCAGAGGAGAAACAUGAUCGAACCUCGGGAGCGAGCCAAGUUCAAGCGCAAGUACAAGGUGAAGCUGGUGGAGAAGCGGGCAUACCGCGAGAUCCAGUUAUAGCUGCUGGAGCCUCUACCCUUCAAUAAAGCACCUUCUGAUCAA